CUGUUAAGAAGAGCAGCCUGUCUGCUCGCAACAAAAAACAACAAUAGGCAAGCUAUUGUUGAGGUCAAACAAUCAUGCUGCAGGAAAUGGCACAAAACGUUGGAGAUUUGGCAAGUCGUUCUAGUUCAAGGAGGUGUUGAUGGAGCCUAAGACGCCAAUGGAGAAGCAGGAUUCCGGGAAGCUGAAAGCUGAGAUCAAGAGAUGGGCUAAAGCUGUUGCAGCUUAUGCCCGGCAAGACAGUGGCCACCUUGGUAGCUCCUUGAGGAAGAGCAGCAGGAUUAGAAGCUCCUCCGGUUCUUCUUCUUCACCAUCACCAUCGUCAUUACCACCACCAUUCUCAACAUCGUCAUCAUAAAUAUCACCAAGAUUAUGAAAGAUCUCAUCAAUAGUCAUAAUGUUCAUGUCUUUUGUAACUAACAUUUGACCUGUACAGAUUCAAUUAGCUAGUCCAUUGAAGAAAAGAUCUUUUCUCUU